AUGCAUGGCUCUCUCCGUUCCCAAUCCUUAGCCGCCGAAUCAGAGCUCAAGGGGUUGCGGGCGAGCGGCGCUACAAAAGAGCGAGAUAAAGAAGCUUAUUCGUUGCGUUUACGAUUUCUCAUCCGCAAUGUCUCUACCAACGCUGAGAAGCUAUGGUACACCGCAUUGUCCAUGGAAGCAGUCCCACAUCCCGAUAAUGGAAAUGAGCCAUCCCGAGAGCAAUUUGCGGCCCGAGCAAUCUCGCAUCCCGCCUCUUGCUGGACCAACGUCGUGAACUUGUCAACACGUGGAAUCCCCAUGGGGUUCGAUUUCAAUGUGUCACGGGAGUUCUGUCAAUUCGUCUAUCCUUCUGCCUGGCUGGAGAACUAG